CAAAUUGGCAACGCCCCCUGGUCGAUCACCUGAACGAUUGUUGACAUCAGUUGGUCGUUAGUUCGAAAAAAAAAUAAUGGGUUUAAACGUGAUUCUGUCUUUGCUUAUUAUAUGUUUCAGUGUGGCAAAUAUUGACGCAGCCGGCAAGAAAAAUGGGUUUGUAGGAUUUACCAAUAAGCUUGAUCCUAAAAAAACGUUUAACCGAAGUACAAGCAGUCUUUCGAAUUCUAUUUUACGCGACGAAUGUAAUCUCCCUGGUGAAUUAGCCGAAGAAAUUUCGCGUUAUAAACCAAUCGUUGAAGGAAUCAUCAACGCAUCAGUCAAUGGAAUUUUCAAGAAAAGAACGUGGAGAACAUUGGCCAGAUUUGUAGACAAAUUUGGCUCUAGAAUAGCUGGGUCUGACAACUUAGAAAAUUCUAUUGAUUACAUGGUUGAUCUUUUGAAAAAAAAUCAGUUAGACAAUGUUCAUACAGAGCCAGCACUUGUCCCUAAAUGGGUCAGAGGAAAAGAAUCAUGCUGGAUGGUCUCUCCUCGUCUAGAGAAGUUGAGCAUCCUUGGUUUGGGGUCAAGCAUAGGAACUCCAGCCAAAGGCAUAACUGCACAUGCUGUUGUUGUUGAGAGUUUUGAAGAACUUACAAAACUUGGAGAAGUGGUCGAUGGUAAAAUUGUGGUUUUCAACGAGCCAUAUAUUUCUUAUGAGAAAACGGUGAAAUACCGUGGUUAUGGAGCCAUUGAAGCCGCCAAGCUGGGAGCUGUUGCCACCUUGAUUCGAUCAGUUACUCCCUUCUCUAUCGAUUCCCCGCACACUGGAUGGCAACACUAUCAAGAAAACGUAACUCAGAUACCAACGGCAGCUAUUAGUAUCGAAAUGGCGGAAACGUUGCAGCGGAUGUACCAAGCAGGCGACGAUAUUUUGAUUUAUCUAUACAUGGAGGCGCGCAAUUUACCUCCUGUCAUGUCUCGUAACACCAUAGGUGAAAUCACAGGUCAUCAGCAUCCGGAAAAAGUGGUCAUUGUUUCUGGACAUUUGGAUAGUUGGGAUGUUGGCCAAGGAGCUAUGGACGACGGAGGAGGUGCUUUCAUCUCGUGGAACGCCCUGGCUUUACUUAAGGUGCUUGGUUUACGUCCUCGUCGAACUUUACGUUCUAUAUUAUGGACAGCUGAGGAGGAAGGUUUGGUUGGGGCAGCUGCAUAUUUUCACGAUCACCGUAAUAACACUGCUGCAUUUGAUUUCGUAAUGGAGUCGGACGAGGGAACUUUUCAGCCGCUUGGCCUCUCAUUCUCUGGCAGCAGCGAAGCCGGUUGUAUCUUAAAGGAAAUCUUGAAACUGAUGCGCCCUUUGAACGCUACUCAGUUCGCUUCCCCAAUGGACGGUGGUCCGGAUAUUGAGUUUUUCACUAACAUCGGAAUCCCAGGGGCUGCGUUGCUCAACGCCAACGAACGUUAUUUUUGGUACCACCAUAGCCAAGGCGACCGUAUGACAGUAGAGGAUCCUACGAAUCUCGACAUGUGCACAGCUCUCUGGGCAGCUGCGGCCUAUGUUGUCGCCGACCUUUCCAUUGACAUGCCACGCUAGAGAUUGCUUCAAGUUUUUUUUUAUUAUUAUUAUUUUGUUUUCACAUUAACAGCAAAUUGAAUGUCGACGAUUGUUUUGAACACGAAUGUCUCAAAGAUUUAUUUAUUUUGUUCAUUUCUCGCUC